GUCAAGGAAAAAUCAGCCACCGUCUCUGAAGACUGGAAGUUUGUUAUAAAUAUUGUUAAUCGAAUUCGAUUUUUACAGUUCAGUACAAACUUUCAGAGAGUAAGAUACGGUCAGAAGAUGGUCAAUAGAGUUAUUUGUUUUUGUGUGGUGGUUUUAGUGGCGAGUGUGCAAUCUGCAAAAGAUUUACCUUCAUAUUUUCCAAGAUGCUUUAGGAAUGAUCCCAAACUGAACGAAUGUUUAUUGAAAGCUACUGAAACUGUCAAACCUUUCCUAAUCAAAGGUGUACCUGAACUCAAUGUCCCCACAAUAGAACCACUAGUUAUUCCACAAAUCGAAUUGGAACAGGGAUCCCAAGCCUUAAAUUUCAAAGCAUCAUUGAGAAAUGUUACUGUCCACGGUCUUUCGAGUUAUAAAUUGGACAGAUUUGAUUUCGAUGUUCCAAACCUUCAAUUCUUCUGCGGAGGACAUGUGGAAAAACUUGAACUUGAAGGAAAGUACAAGGUUACUGGAAAAAUUUUGAUAGCUCCAAUCCAAGGCGAAGGUGUUUUCACUGCUACAGUUGGAAAAACAAGAAUGGAUGUCUACCAGAAAGUGAAAGAAGUUACCAAAAAGGGGCAAAUAUAUAUUGCUCCCGUACACACAAAUAGUUCUAUCACAGUUGGUAACCCUAAAGCUAAAUUAGAUGGUCUUUUCAACAAUAAUGAAGAACUGAAUAAAGCCACAAAUCAAGUGAUCAGUGAUAACAUUGAUGUUCUCUUCGAAGAUCUCAAGCCUGUUUUAGAGAAAGUCAUCACAGACUAUUUGGAGAACAUUUUGCUGGCUGCAUUAGAAGAUCAAGUACCAUUCGCGAAAUUGUAUCCCAUCAAAAAAGAUGGAUUCUAGCUGUUUCUGUUAUAUUUUAGUGAUAUUAUAAUUAAAUUUUUAUAUAAAUCUA